GCCGCUGAGGAGCGCAAGAUCUUGCAUUCUUCCUUAUCUACCGACGAACUGAAAAUUCGCACUGCCGAUCAAAUCAAUCGUUACAUCCAGGGAAGAUGAAGGAGACGAAGACCUUAAUUCCUCUAAUCACUUUCGAGCACAAGAGGGACGCCUAUGGAUUUGCUGUCAGACCUCAGCACUUGCAGAGAUAUCGAGAGUAUGCUAAUAUCUACAAGGUAGAGGAAGAGGAGAGAUCAGAACGAUGGAAACAGUUCCUAGAGAGGCAAGCAGAGUCUUCUGAACCGCCUGCAAAUGGCAUAUCUGAGGAGGGAGGGGAUGCGGCUUCACAUACUGAAGGAACUUUGGAGGAAGCAGAUACAGCUGUGGACAAUGUGGAAGAAGCUGAUUCAAUUUGCAGAAAAUCUGCUGCUGAGGAUUCCGUCGAACAUGUCCCAGAAAAGGAGGAAGCUCCUGCAGAAAUUCAGACAAAAACCCACAAGGUUCAAAUUUGGGCGCAGAUUAGACCAUCCCUUAGUGCCAUUGAAGAUAUGAUGAGUUUUCAUGUUAAGAAGAGGAAAAAUGUACAAAAGGAUGAGCAAGGGGUGGGAAGAAAAAACCAGCUUUCACCGAUUGAAGAGGCAAGACCCGCAAAAGGGUCAUCGGAAGAGGACUCUGAGGACGAGUUCUAUGAUGUGGAAAGAUCAGAUCCAGCUCAAGAUGCCUCCCCAGUUGACAAUGUCAACUCAAAUAGUGGUGGUGAUGCAGUGUCUCUGGAACCUUUCUUUCCUUGGAAAGAAGAGCUGGAAUGUCUAGUCCUUGGUGGAGUGCCAAUGGCUCUAAGGGGAGAGCUGUGGCAAGCCUUUGUGAGUGCGAAGGCACGGCGGAUGGAUGGAUAUUACCAAGAUCUGCUUGCUAUUGAAAGCAAUGCUCAAUCUGAGAAGGAUAAUCUAAGUGCUUCCAAUGACACUAGCAAGGGAUCAAAUUUAGGCCAUCGUUGUGCUAACGAAAAAUGGAAAGGGCAAAUUGAGAAGGAUUUGCCUCGGACUUUCCCUGGUCAUCCUGCUCUGGACGAGGAUGGCAGAAAUGCUUUGAGGCGUCUACUUACAGCAUAUGCUCGACAUAACCCCUCUGUGGGCUACUGUCAGGCCAUGAAUUUCUUUGCUGGCUUGUUGCUACUUCUUAUGCCUGAGGAAAAUGCUUUUUGGACUCUGGUGGGUAUAAUCGAUGAUUAUUUUGAUGGGUAUUACUCUGAGGAAAUGAUAGAAUCUCAGGUGGACCAACUUGUUUUUGAGGACCUAGUGCGCGAGAAGUUUCCCAAACUGGUUAAUCAUCUUGAUUACCUGGGAGUGCAGGUGGCAUGGGUUAGUGGACCCUGGUUCCUUUCCAUUUUUGUGAACAUGCUACCUUGGGAAAGUGUUCUUCGGGUCUGGGAUGUGCUUUUGUUUGAAGGAAAUCGUGUUAUGCUCUUUCGUACAGCUCUCGCAGUGAUGGAUUUAUAUGGUCCUGCGUUGGUUACAACUAAGGAUGCUGGUGAUGCUGUUACUUUGUUGCAGUCCCUUGCUGGCUCAACGUUUGAUAGUAGCCAACUUGUCUUAACUGCUAGCAUGGGUUACCAAACUGUAAAUGAAGCUCGAUUGCAAGAGUUGAGGGAAAAACAUCGACCUUCAAUAAUAGCUGCUAUGGAGGAACGAUCCAAAGGGCUUCGUGUGUGGAAAGAUUCCAAGGGUCUUGCAUCCAAACUAUACAGCUUCAAGCAUGAUCCUGGAUCAUUGAUAAAAGAAACAAAUGCAGCGGAAGGAUUAGGUGAUCUAGAGACAAAUGGCGAUCUAUAUCCUAUUCAAUUGGGAUCUGCUAAUUUGGAUGAAAAGUUUGGCGGUUUAAGAGGGGAUGUGGAAGCAGAUUCUCUUCCUGAUCUUCAAGAACAGGUGGUAUGGUUAAAGGUUGAAUUGUGCAAAUUGCUUGAGGAGAAGAGAUCCGCUAUCCUUAGAGCUGAAGAGCUGGAGACAGCACUCAUGGAGAUGGUUAAGCAGGAUAACCGCCGGCAAUUAAGUGCAAGGGUUGAGCAGUUGGAGCAAGAGGUAGCUGAACUGCAGCAGGCUAUUGCAGAUAAGCAGGAACAAGAACGUGCAAUGCUUCAGGUUCUAAUGCGGAUGGAACAAGAACAAAAGGUGACCGAAGAUGCUCGUAGAUUUGCUGAGCAAGAUGCGGCUGCUCAAAGAUAUGCUGCCAACAUCCUUCAGGAAAAAUAUGAGGAGGCCAUGGCAUCACUUGCACAAAUGGAAAAGCGGGCAGUCAUGGCAGAAACAAUGCUGGAAGCUACGUUGCAAUACCAAUCUGGCCAAGUUAAAGCACUACAAUCUCCCAGAUCGGUGCAUCAGGAACCUGUACAGGACAUACCCACAAGAAAAGUCGGUUUGCUUUCUAGACCAUUUGGACUUGCCUGGCGUGACAGGAACAAGGGGAAAUUGAGAAAUGGUGAGGAUCCAAGUGAGGGCAACUCCAAUGAGUCAAUUCAGAGCACAGUUAUGCCACAGGACAUGAAUGGCCAGCAAGAGCAAGAUAAAUAGAAAACAAUUGAGGAUCAAUUUGAGACUUGAUUCGAGAGCUUCCCAAGUUGAUGCAUGAGCUUGUAUUUGUAUAAAUACACAUCCUCCAGUUUGGGUAUGAAAUCUGUAUCAAUGUUAAUCCAUAGAGCUAAAAAUAUCGAGUCUUCCUGUUUGUAAUUUGUUAGACAGAAUCAAUAUAGUGCCAGGGCCAUCAUUAUUUGCUGUUCAUUUAUUAAUAAUAGAAGAGAAAAAUUAAGUUUUAAGUUUUUUCUCU